AUGUAUAAAACUGGUUUAAUUAGAAUUUUAUUUAAUUUUCAAGCUAGAAAUAAAAAUGAUUUAUUUUUACAUUAUUACAACGUUGGUAAAUUAUUAUCGAUAGCCAAUAAGGUCAAAGAUCGUUUAUAUAUAGAAUUAAUUAAUUAUAAUAAUAAAGAUUUUGGAAAUCACUUAUUAUCACCACCAAAUUCCUCUCCAAUUUUAAAUAGUAAUAACAAUGUAAUAAAAGCUCAUAAACUUUACAAUGAUAUAUUUGUUGCAGAUAGUCGUUUAUUUAUAAAUAAAGAUAAAUUAAUGGAAUUUGAUGACGAUAAAUCACCAUCAACAAUAGUCAGAGAGAAUAUAGAGCCAUUAAAAAACUUGGAAAAUAUAUUUUUCAACUAUUAUCAAAUUUUGUACAAUGCAAAUCCAAGAUUAGAUGUUUCAAUUAUACCACUAGAGCUACUAGACCAUAACAACAAUUCACUUUAUUCACCACCAAACUCAUCACCAUUCCAUCAUCACCAUUUAAAGCACAUCAAAACCCCAAUUGAUGUAUUGUUUGUAGACUCUUUAGAUAAAGAAGCCCAAGCAAAAGAGCUAGGGUCCGUAAAUAAUGAUCGUUUAGUAAGAAAUCAAAUACCAAUUAAAAAUGUCGAAACUGUAGAUCAAGAUUUCUUUUACCCAAAAUCUUAUUUCGAUCCAUCAUUAAUAGGCAAAGAUAUUAAAAAAUGGAACCCUCCAUUUAAAGGCGUUGUAUUAGGUGGUACUUAUGAUAGAAUGCAUCCAGGUCAUAAAGUAAUGUUAACAAUUUCAUCUUUAAUAUGCUCAGAGUAUAUGGAGGUUGGUGUAACCGAUAAUUCAAUUUUAAAAAAGAAGAAAUAUAGCGAGCUCAUUGAACCAUUCGAAUAUAGAUCCGAAAAAACCCAAAACUUUUUACAAUCCAUUAACCCCAAUGUCGAAUAUAAUAUGUUAAAACUCGUUGAGCCAUACGCCAAUACAAUGACCAGCAAAAGACUAGAGUGUAUUGUAAUCUCACCAGAAACAUUCUCAACUGCUAUCAAAAUUAACGAAGUUAGAAGAGAAACAAACUUAAAGCCUUUAGAAAUUUAUUCAAUCUCAUAUUUCGAUACUCACCAUCAAGGUGAAGAUUUUAAACUUAGCUCAAGUUAUUUAAGAGAAUUAGAUUUUAAAGCUAUGCAAAAAGAAAAAGAGCAACAAACAGAAAAGGAACAACAAAAAUAA